UUGAUUGAUGUUAGUCACUGAAGAACGAACGAACGAACGAACAAUAGAACAAAACAAAACAAAACAAAACGCAACUCAAUUUCCGCAUCUUCGUUUCAGUGCUUCAUCUUCAUUCUUCGUUUUCCCUCAAAUUCAAUUUCUAGGGUUUCUUCAAUUCCAAGAAAUUCCUCGAAAAUGUUCAACAAGAUCAUAAAACGUGCACACAGGAAAUCAGGGAAAUUAACAUUCCCUGAAGAUUCAACAAACAGUGUCCAAUUUUACGAAGUAGUUGUUAAACACGCAUCACGUAGCUCCACCUUCAAUUCGGAGCCACCAAACCUACCACCGAACACGGCGGCGCCGGUGAAUCAAAUCGUAAUCGAAUCACUUCCGCCACUCAAAGAAGUCCCUGUUUCAGAACGCGAAGCACUUUUCCUUCGUAAAAUCCAACUCUGUUGUUAUAUCUGUGAUUUCUCAAACACACUCAAGUUCAUCGUCGAAAAAGAAAUCAAACGCCACACACUUUACGAGCUAGUUGAAAUUAUUCAAUCUUCUUCGUUUCAAUUUAGCGAAUUUCAAGAAGAAUUGAUUUCAAUGGUUUCCGUUAAUAUUUUCCGUUGUUUACCACCAGCUUCUCAUGAAAAUACAGGUACCGAAACUGUUGAUCCGGAAGAAGAUGAUACGUAUUCGGAUCCAUCUUGGAAUCAUUUACAAUUGGUGUAUGAGAUUUUAUUGCGUUACAUUGUUGCACCCGAGACAGAUAUUAAAAUCGCCAAGCGUUAUGUAGAUCAUGUGUUUGUUUUAAAGCUUCUUGACUUGUUUGAUUCGGAGGAUCAACGCGAGCGCGAGUAUUUGAAGACGAUUGUUCAUAGGAUUUAUGGGAAGUUUAUGGUUCAUAGACCAUUUAUAAGAAAGGCUAUUAACAAUAUCUUUUAUCGUUUUAUAUUUGAAACGCAGAGGCAUAAUGGUAUUUGUGAAUUGCUUGAGAUUAUGGCUAGUAUUAUAAAUGGCUUUGCUUUACCUAUGAAAGAGGAACAUAAGCUUUUUUUGAUCAGGGCUCUUAUUCCACUUCAUAAACCGAAAUGUAUUUCGUCUUAUCAUCAGAAUUUGUCUUACUGUGUUGUUCAGUUUGUUGAGAAAGAUGGAAGGUUGGCUGAUCCUGUGAUAAAAGGGUUGGUGAAGUAUUGGCCUGUUACGAAUUGUCAUAAGGAAGUUCUUUUUCUUAAUGAGUUAGAAGAGGUUCUUGAGUGUACUCAACCUCCCGAGUUUGUGAGAUGCAUGGUCUCUCUUUUCAGACAGAUUGGUCGGUGCCUUAACAGCCCUCACUUUCAGGUUGCUGAACGGGCACUCUAUUUGUGGAACAAUGAGCACAUUAUAAGCUUAGUUGCUCAGAAUCGGAAUGUUAUACUGCCAAUAAUCUUCGAUGCUUUGGAAAGUAAUACGAAAAACCAUUGGAACCGAGCAGUGCAUGGACUAACAGCCAAUUUGAGGAAGAUGUUUCAGGAGAUGGAUGCCGAACUGUUUGAAGAGUGUCAUAAACAAUACUUGGAGAAGGAAGCCAUGGCUAAAGAACUAGAAGAGAAGCGGGAGUUAACAUGGAAGAAAUUAGAAGCAGUGGCUGCAGAGGCUGUUGUGAGGGAUGAAAUGGUUUUGGUUAACUGAUGUGUUGUGCUACAACUCUUCUUUCCACAUUGGUGUUUUUGCUGAAAUUUCAUUCCAGUGCUAGAUUACUGCAAAAUGUAAGUUGUAAAGGAAGAAAGCAUAAUUUUAUUUUAGCUACAGGUGUGAUGAACAAGAGGAGCAAAUUAAUGAGCUCGCGGAUCAUGUUUUUGCUAAACGAGGAAUAUAUAGGUGCCAUUCGUCAUACAGAUAAAAUAGAACAGAACUAGUACUUUUUGAUUUUAUUUUUGGUUCCAUACUUUUUAGUGGAACCAAAAUUGACUACAUUACUUUACAUUCUGUUUUGUUAUAAUUUCAAAUCAAUAUGCAUAAAAUAUAGAACAGAACUCAUAUGUUCGAUUCUAUACUAUUCUAAUAUCAAAGGCUAUAGUGUUGCCCUUUCUUGUUUUUUAUUCA